UAUAAUGUUUGAAUGAUUAAACAAGUUGUAAAGUGCUUUUGAAUGUUUUGAAGGUCGAGAAAUGGAAUCCGCACAAGCACGUGUUCAAAAUGCCGCUACUUCGAUGUACGAAGAGCUUGACAGGACAGUCUUGCGAAAAAUGCAGGGUGACAUGUUUAAAUGUGGAGCCAAAUGUUGUGAGAAUACAUCAGGAUCAGUGGAAGAAGUACAGAGAUGUAUAGAAAGAUGUGCUGAGCCAUUGACCAAAUGUCAGACACACAUACAAAAUGAAAUGCAACAAUUUCAGGACAGAUUACAGAGAGGUGCAUUAGAUUGUCAAGAUAAAGCUAAAGAUCAAAUGGGACCAAAUUCUUCAGAUGCUGAAAUAUCAAAAGCUAAAGCUUUCAUGGAGAAAUGUGUGGUGGACUGUGCUGAAAACCAUAUAAAGAUGUUACCUAAUAUGUUAAAGAAAAUGAAAGAGAGUAUAACAAAGGGAGUGUACUCUUGAUGACACUAUUUGAUGUUCCUAAUAGCAUUCAGUUCAGAUAUAUAUUGUGUGUCCUAACUGUUGAUAUUGUCUGUUGCUACAUUUUUAUGCUGAAGCAUUGAAAGAUAAGAUUAGAGAAAAUAGAUGAUGUUUAUGUAUGCAUACUUCUUUAUGAAACAUUGAAUUGAAAUAUUAAAUGACACACAAUUUAUUAUAUUUUGUUUUUAGAAAUUUAUACAUACAACAUUCUCUUUGACAUAUUUAGACAUUUAUUGAAAAAUAAAUUUAGAUAUUUAUCUUACCUAAACCAUACAUUUAUAAUGUAGUAUAUUUAUUUUUUCAGCAAAAUUCUAAUAAACUAAAUCAUUUGAUUCUUAUAUACAUUUUUCUAAUAAUGUUGAAAGAUAUUUUUGUUUUAUAUAAUUAUAAACAAGAACUAGUGAAAUAUAAUCAUUUUUAUAUUUACAUGACAUGCAAACUUAAACAAUGAUUUUUUAACCUGGCACAUAUGGAAAUCAGUUUAAAAAAAAUGAAUCAAAAACAUUAAAAAUUACAGGAAACUAAUGUCAGUUUUUGUCUUUUUUUUGUAAUAUUUAAACUUUAUACACCCUUGAAAUAAAUGAAUUUCUUGUAGUUUUCAAGAAUAUAUAUACAUUAAAAAAUAUUAAAUAUUUAUUUUGUAUGAAACCAGAAAAAAAAUAAAGCUAGAAACCAAAAGUAAAUACAUGAAGAUGUAAAAUAAAAAUGAAAUGAAC